AUGAAGGAUCAGCGCAGGAAAGACUGGUGGAACGACGUGAAGCCAACGCAGGAUCUCGUCGUCAGGGAAAAGAAGAGCCGUUCCGGGGGGAAGCUAGCGAUCUGUGAUAUUGACCGAAAGGAGCUCAAGUAUAAGGCUAGUAAAGCUCCUUUCCGGUGUAACGGCUGCAAGGAACUAGGGUUCCACCCCUGUUACUCGUGCGAAGAGCCCUGCACCUUCCGCCUUCAUCGCCACUGCGCCGAUCCCCAACCGGUUCUCGUGCACGACUUCUUCAAAGAGUGUAGAUUCCAAUGGGUGCAAUCUGGCCGGAUACCCGGUAAGCAGUACUGCGACGCCUGCGGGAAACUUGCGAAGGGCUUCUUCUACCACUGCUAUGGCUGCGGCAAUGACCUGCACCCCACCUGCGCGAACCUCCCCCGAUUCCUUUCCUACGAGGGCCUGAAACUGGAGCUCAAGAAGAAGAUACCCUUCAAUUGCUGCAAGUGCGGCUGGAUGAAUCGGAAGAGUGGGAAGGGUUCGUGGUGCUACGUCUCCAGCUGUAAGACCGUCGCCGUUCAUAUAUCCUGCAUGAAGGAUAUGCUCCAGGAUAACUUUCUGGAGAAUAAGAGAAUGGCGAUGCCCGAGGUUGUCUUCACGGAAAAGAAGGGCCGUUCCGAGGGGAAUCUAGCGAAGAUUAAGAAGGCGUUUAAGAUAGCAGUUCCGGUCGUCCUCGCCGCCGUACUCGGGGAUCCAGUGACUUUCGCAGUGAGUGUAAUUGCUGGCCUGCUCUCUACCUGA